GCAGAGCAUCCGCGCCUCUCUGUUCCCUGACGCUGCGCGCGUGUCGGUGAAUGCGGGAGCCCCGCGUGUGCAGGGGGAGAGCCCGUGGCCGCCCCCCGCCCCGGAACGGCAGGAAUGGGCGGGGGGCUCCUGCCGGGGCUGCCCCCGGCCCCGCUCCUGCGGGGAGCCGGCUGCGGCGGAGGGCGCGGGGCUGCCCGGUGCCGCUCUCCGCACGCCGGGCCUCGCCCCGGAGAGCCGCUCGGCGGAGCCGGGCACGGGCAUCCCCACUCGGAUCCGUCCCGCCGAGGGGGUUUUUCCCUGCGUGUCCGAUUGCCCCUACCUGGCAGGUGAGGGGACAGGGCGGGAAGCCGCCGCCGGGAUCCCGGCGCCGGGCGGAGCGGCCGUCGGGCACCCCCGCUCCCCGCCCCGCACCCCCGCCGGGCCGAAGCGGAGCCGCGGCCCCAAAGGAGCUCCCUGCCCCGGCAGAGGGUCGAUGGGGGAACGCGCCCCGCGUUGCCCACCUCCUUCCCCGCCGGCGCCCGGUGGCGGCGGGUCCAGCCCCUCACUGCACCGGGUCCGUCUGCACCGCGCGCCUCCCGCUCCGCCGCCCGCACGGCCCGGCCCGGCAUGGAGCGGCGCUGAGAGCCCGAGGCAGCCAGCCCGAAGCCGCCUUUGUGCCACUCUCGGGGCGAGGAUUAUCCCCACCGUCCCUGGGGCAUCCCGGUGUACCACUGAGCGGGACCCGCUGUGGUAACAGCCCCUCUCUGCCCCUCUCUCCGCCCGCAGGGAUGGAGGACGCCGGCGUCCAGCGGGGAAUAUGGGACGGGGAUGCCAAGACGGUCCAGCAGUGCUUGACCGACAUUUUUACCAGCGUUUACACCACCUGCGACAUCCCGGAAAAUGCCAUUUUCGGCCCCUGCGUCCUGAGCCACACGUCCCUGUAUGACAGCAUCGCCUUUAUCGCCCUCAAGUCCACCGACAAGCGCACCGUCCCCUACAUAUUCCGGGUGGACACGUCGGCGGCCAAUGGCUCGUCGGAGGGGCUGAUGUGGCUGCGGCUGGUGCAGUCGGCGCGGGAGCGGGAGGAGCAGAACCUGGAGGCCUACAUCAAGAGCGGGCAGCUCUUUUACCGCUCCCUACGCCGCAUCGCCAAGGACGAGGAGCUGCUGGUGUGGUACGGGAAGGAGCUCACCGAGCUGCUGCUGCUCGGCCCGGCCCGGGCCCCCGCCCGCACCAACGGCUCGCCGCCCUUCGCCUGCCCCGAGUGCAGCCAGCGCUUCCAGUUCGAACUGCCCUUCGCCGCACACCUCCGGUUCCGCUGCCCCAAGCGGCUGCACGGCCCCGACAUCGGCCCCGCCGCCGAGGCCGCCGCCGCCAAGGACGGUGCCGGCAAGGAGCAGGAGCCCGGCAAGUUCGGCAAGCCCGGCGGGCCGCCGCACCACCCCUUCCCCGGGCCAGACGGCGGCCCCGCCGCCAGCACCAAGCCCUCCACGGACUUCCACAACCUGGCGCGGGAGCUGGAGAACUCCCGCGGCGGGCGCGCCGGCUCCCCGGGGCGGCCGGCGCCCCCCGAGGGCGGCCCCGAGGCGGCGGCCGGGAAGGCGAAGCGGCGCUUCCCCGAGGAGGAGGAGCGCGGGCCCGGCGCGGCGCGGGGCCGCUUCCCGGCGGAGCGGCCGGGGCUGCCGGCGGCGCCCAAGGAGGAGCCGGGCUGCGCCCCGCAGCAGCAGUACCGCGCCGCCGGCUCCUACUGCGGGCUGGAGGAGGGCGGCCGCCUCUUCGCGCCCCCCAGCCCGGAGACCGGCGAGGCCAAGCGCAGCGCCUUCGUGGAGGUGAAGAAGGCGGCCCGCGGCCCCGAGCCCGACGGCGGCGCCGAGGAGGGCCCGGAGCGCGGCUCCCCGGGCGCGGGCGGCGCGGAGCCGGGGCUGUGCCCCCGCGGCGGCGCGGGGGGCCCGCUGGCCGCCCGCCUGGACGGCGGCAGCCCGGCGCGGGGCAGCGCCUUCAGCACGGUGCCGCAGCUCGGGGCCGGCCCCGGGGGGCCCGGCGGCGGCGGCGGCGGGGCCGACGAGAGGAAAAGCGCCUUCUCGCAGCCCGCCCGCUCCUUCCCGCACGUCCCGCCGCUGGUGCUGGGUCCCAAGCUGGGCGGGCUGGGCGAGCCCUGCCCCGACGGCGCCGCCGCCCCCGCCCGCCUGUACGCCGCCGAGGCGCUGGCCGCCAAGCUGCCGGGCGGCGGGGAGGCGGCGGGCGGCGGCGGCGGCGGCGGGGGGCUGCCCAAGCAGAGCCCCUUCCUCUACACCACGGCCUUCUGGCCCAAGAGCUCGGCGGCGGCGGCGGUGGCGGCGGCGGCGGCGGGGCCGCUGCAGCUGCAGCUGCCGUCGGCGCUGACGCUGCUGCCGCCGUCGUUCACCUCGCUGUGCCUGCCGGCUCAGAACUGGUGCGCCAAGUGCAACGCGUCCUUCCGCAUGACCUCGGACCUGGUGUACCACAUGCGCUCCCACCACAAGAAGGAAUACGCGCUGGAGCCCCUCGUCAAGCGCCGCCGCGAGGAGAAGCUCAAGUGCCCCAUCUGCAACGAGUCCUUCCGCGAGCGCCACCACCUCUCCCGCCACAUGACCUCCCACAACUAGCGGGGACACCCCCCGGCCCCGGGAACCCGCCCGGGACCCCCGCCUCUCCCAGCCUUCCCCUUCGAUGCACGCGUUUCCACAGUCCGGGGAGGGGCGGGAGGGCAGCAGGUGAAGGAGGAGGAGGAGGUGAAAAAGAAGAGGAAGAAGAAGCAGAAAAAUGAAGGUAAAAGAAAAAAAAAAAAAGAGAGAGAGAGAAAAAAAAGAGAAGCACCGGGAAAAAGAAAACAAAAAAAAAAUCAAA